CAUAACAUGUGGAUACGCGAUUUUAUUUAAAAAACGAAUCAAAAUUCAACACUUGGUUCCACACAAAAAGGAUUUUCAUUUGAAUUUUCCAACAGAUUUUAUUGAGGGAUCAACAUUCGAAUCGUGAUUAACUUCAGAUACGUCUGUCAAUUGUUUUAUUUUUAUUAAAAUUUGCAUGUGUUUAAAAAAAAUUUGAAUUCGUUUUUCAAAUGUUUUUUUGGUAAAAUAUUUCAUGAAACACGUGGUGAUGAAGUUUUUCUGAAAACUAGUUGCUAAAAGUACUCGUAUCAAGUGUGGUAAAUAAGUGGUGAUUGUUUUAACGUUUAACCGGCUUUUUUGUGUGUAACAAGAAAAUAUGACUUCAUCCGAAAUUAUGGGCACGGACGAAACUGAAGAUGGAUUAUCCGCAAAACAAAUGUUUUCUCAAGGGGAUGGUCUUACUUACAAUGAUUUUAUAAUAUUACCAGGAUACAUAAAUUUCUCAGCAGAUGAUGUGGAUAUUUCAGCACGAUUAACUCGCAAAAUAAUGUUGAAAGCUCCAUUGGUUUCAUCGCCCAUGGAUACAGUUACUGAAGCAGAUAUGGCUAUUGCAAUGGCGCUAUGUGGAAGUAUUGGAAUAAUUCACCACAAUUGUACCGCAGAUUAUCAGGCAAAUGAAGUCUCCAAAGUGAAAAAAUACAAACAUGGUUUUAUCCAUGACGCCAUUGUUUUAGCCCCAACAAACACUGUUGAAGACGUACUAAAUGUGAAAAAAGAACAUGGAUUCUGUGGCAUUCCAAUAACAGCUGACGGUAAAAUGGGUGGAAAAUUAUUAGGCAUUGUAACAUCACGCGACAUUGAUUUUCUGGAAGAAGCCAACAAUAAAUCAGUUAAAUUAGAAGAUAUUAUGACAAAAUUAGAAAAUUUAGUAACAGCCCCACAAGGAUGCACCCUAAAACAGGCCAACUCAAUCUUAGAGUCCAGUAAAAAGGGCAAGUUGCCAAUUAUUAAUAAGGAAGGUAAUUUAGUUGCCUUAAUCGCACGCACCGACUUAAAGAAAAAUCGUAGUUAUCCAAUUGCAUCGAAAGAUGACAACAAACAAUUGUUGGUGGGAGCCGCAAUUGGAACUCGUCCAGAUGACCGACAUCGAUUAAAUUUAUUAGUUCGUGCUGGUGUCGAUGUAGUCGUUUUAGAUUCGUCGCAAGGAAAUUCCAUUUACCAAAUCGAAAUGAUAAAAUAUAUCAAAGAAACUUAUCCAGCGUUGCAAGUGAUUGGGGGUAAUGUUGUAACGGUGAAGCAAGCGAAAAACUUAAUUGAAGCGGGAGUGGAUGCGUUGCGUGUGGGCAUGGGCAGUGGUAGUAUUUGUAUAACACAAGAAGUCAUGGCUGUGGGACGACCACAAGCUACAGCCGUUUAUAAAGUGGCCCAAUAUGCAGCCAAGUUUGAUAUUCCAGUGAUUGCCGAUGGAGGUAUCCAAUCGAUUGGCCAUAUUAUGAAAGCGUUAUCGUUAGGCGCAUCCACGGUUAUGAUGGGCUCACUGUUAGCGGGCACAUCUGAAGCACCUGGCGAAUAUUUCUUCUCUGACGGUGUACGAUUAAAGAAAUAUCGUGGAAUGGGUAGUAUUGAGGCGAUGGACCGAAAAGAUGCUCAAGGAGCAGCCAUGGAUCGCUAUUUUCAUAAUGAAAUGGACAAAUUGAAGGUGGCUCAAGGAGUAAGCGGUGCAAUUGUGGAUAAAGGAUCUGUAUUACGAUUUUUACCAUACCUUCAAUGUGGCUUACGUCAUGGCUGUCAAGAUAUCGGUGCAAAAUCGUUACAAGCUUUAAGAACAAUGAUGUACAGUGAUGAGUUACGUUUCGAGAAACGUUCACAUUCAGCUCAAGUUGAAGGCAACGUGCACGGUUUAUUCUCAUAUGAAAAACGUUUAUUUUAACAUAAGUUCCCACCAUCCCCUCUACCUCCCCCAUUCUAAUUGAUGCGCUUGAACGUCAUGUCAUGCAUAUUUGCACGCAUGCGUUCGUCUCAUCAAAUUAGAAUGAUUUAAUCGUUUUCUUUUGUUUUUUUUGGAAAAUUAUUUGUAAAUUUAUUUUUUUAUGUACAUUUAGGGUCUUUAGAUUUAUUUAAUUUUUGGGUAGUUUUAUUUCUUUUUGUCAAAAAUAGAUUUUAAGUCAAAUUACGUGGAUUUAUAGUCAAAAUCGCUUAUAACAUCAUUGACGAGACUUAAAAUUCUGCUCCUGAUAUCCGAUAUAUUCGUUGUAUGUGAUAAAAAGUCUCCAGUAGUUAUUUCGAUGACAUCCAACUCGAUUUUUUGGGGCUCCAGCUUGAGAAGGAUAAUUUUAGUGAUGAAAUUUGUCGCUAUAAUUGACAUGCCGUUUUAUCUGACGCUGUAUGUCCUCAAAUGGAUCUUAAUUGGUCGUUAUAAACGAUUUUAACUUUGACAUUUGAUAUAUAAUAGGGUUUGUACAUUUACUAAAUCAUUUAUAUACAGUGUGAUCAUUUUAAAAGUAUCCACCCUUAACAAUUCUUUACCUGAUGUGAAUAUUGUCUUGAGUGAAAAUACGUCGAUUUAGAUAUCGAGCAGGAAGUUUAAUCCCUUCGCCCCUAGCACCCCCUACAUUGUAAUAUAUCACUUCGAAAUAAUUUCGGGAUAGAAAUCGUACAAACCCUAACAAUAUAUCUAAGCACCACCCGAAAUUAAAAAAUUUUCCACUUAUAUCAAUUUUUUUACUUUCACUUUUUUUAUCCUUCUGAAUAUUCGAACGAUUUACACCGAAAUUUUUCUUGCUUUAAUUUCUAGAUCAUGUAUUUAUCAAAUUAGCGAUUAUUAUCUUAGAAUAAUUACGAUUAGUUUAUUCAUAACAUAGAAAUUGUGAUAGAAUAAAAGCAAAUUAAAAUUUCUUUGCCAUUUCUUCUUGAAAUGGAAAGAACCUUGGACCAUUGUGUAUGGAAAAUGGCUUUCGGUCAAAUCUCGUCAAAACUUUGGCAAGAUUUAUUCAGAAUGACAAG